CUGGUCUCCGCCCCUUCCUCAUCUGGCACCGCCCCUUGUGUGCGAUUUCCCUCGAGGUUCGCGGUAGUGUCUUGCGCAGGCGCAGUGGCUUUACCAUGGCGGAAUUGAUUUCUUUCGUGGUUCCCACCCAGAGUGACAAAGUUUUGUUGGUGUGGGAGCUGAGCGCUGGUCCCCCAGCCGAGGCCUUAAGACAUUCUCUGUCUGCAGCGUUCUCCCAGUUUGGCCUUCUGUAUUCAGUCCGAGUCUUCCCGAACGCUGCGGUGGCCCGCCCCGGCUUCUACGCCAUCGUCAAGUUUUACUCGUCAAGGGACGCGCAGAGAGCCCAAAAGGCAUGCGACGGGAAGCCUCUCUUUCAGACUUCGCCAGUGAAGGUUCGUCUCAGCACUAGACAUAAGGCCCUGCGACAUCAGGCCUUUGCCCUAAACAGCUCACGAUGCCAGGAACUGGCAAAUUUCUACUUUGGCUUCAAUGGAUGGUCAAAAAGGAUCAUCAAGCUGCAGGAGCUCCCUGGAGCGGAGGACGAGGCUCUUGAGGGGCCUGUGCGGAAACAGAGCGUCAAGUUCUUCUGCGCUGUGGAGGUGGUGCUGCCGUCCUACGGAUGCAGGAGCCCUGGAGUGGGCAUCGCUGAGGAGCCUCUGCACCAGCUGGAAGAAGGACAGCCGUCGUUUCUCAUGAAGAGGAAGACGGCUCAGAAGCUCGCGAUCCAGAGUGCCUUGUCAGAUGCCUUCCAGAAGCUGGCCAUCGUGGUUUUAGAAAGUGGCAAGGUCGCGGUGGAGUACAUUCCCAGUGAAGAGUCCACAGAUGCUGGAAGUGAGGAAGAGCUACAGAGUUUAAUCCAGGUCAGCUCCUUUCCUUGGAAUCAGCCCGGCCAGAGGGAGGAGGAGUGUCUCUCAGAUUUCAGCUUGGAAGAGGAAGAACCCGAGCUGUAAGAACUGCACUAGCCCUGUGUCGAGGCGAGGCCCUGCCCUCUCACUCUCUUGGGAAGUUCUACAUUUCUGAUCAGUGGGCUGCUGACAUCCCUCAACACCCAAGUGUGAGGCCCAAGUUUUGCCCAGUACCUUGGAAGAGGUCUAAGAGAGGCUGGAGCCCUGUCACUGUGAUGGGAAGAGGUUCCCUAUGCAGAAUGGAACUGGGCCCAGAGUAAUAAAGGCCGCCUAACAAAGGUG